AUGUAUGGACAGUCACAAUCCUCCUUUGGAGAUACAAUAUUCUCCUUUGGGGCAAGUUAUGGAGCCCCUAAUAUGGCAACAAUAAGAACAACAGGCUUUGGAAGCACAGUCUUUGGAAAGGACAAAUUCGGAAAUUCACAACAAACAACAAGUUUUAAAACCACAACAUCAUCAUCUGAUGGUGUUACAUCGUCGGACACUUCUCUCUUUGGUAUACUGCAACAACAGUCGGCAACAGGCGGACUGUCUGGCCAACAUCAGACACAACAGUCAUCUGCUGGUUUUGGUUAUACUACCAGUGGAUUUGGUUCAACUAGUAAUGGUGGUAGUGGUGGCGUUGGCGGACUAUUUGCCCAACAUCAGACACAACAGUCAUCUGCUGGUUUUGGUUAUCCUACCAGUGGAUUUGGUGCAACUAGUGAUGGAGGCGGAUUAUCUGGACAGACACAGCAGCCAAUAAACUCAGCAGGCCUCUUUAGCAGAUCUGGCACAAGUGGGUUUGGUUUACAACAGUGUGCAACACAGAGUAAACCAUUUGGCUUUGGUCAGACCACAACCACUGUAGGAGCAGGAUGUUUGUUUGGUAUGACGCAACCAGCAACAACUGGAUAUGGUGCCACUGGAGGAGACUUCACAGGGACAACUGUCAAAUAUGAACCUGUAACAGGCAUGGUCACUUUGACCAGGGAGCUACGGAUACGGCUGCACGUCGAUGACUGCUUAGCUAACUGCAAAAGUUCAGGCCAAGGAAAAGCUCUAGAUGGCUUUGAUCACACACCCCAGGCGACAAACACCCUGCCACAAAUGCAAGAUUUUGGUGCAACCUCAGAUGGUGGCCCCUAUGAAAGUGGAACAGGCACUGCUGCAUUUGGUAAGACUAGCACUGCUCCGGCCACAGGCUUCUCCUCUAACCAGACCACACAUCAACAAAAAACAGGAGCCUUUACCUUUGGUACCACCCUGACAUCAACGCCAUCACUGUUCGGCUCGACACCACAGCAGCAACAGCAGCCAUCCUCUGGCUUUAGUGGUGGUUUCCAGUUGGGUCAGAACACUCAGCAACAGAAUAUUAAUGGUGGUAGUGGUGGUCUUAUCGGAAACCAGAAACCUGGAUUCUUCCCAUAUCAGAAUACGGAUACUGAGCUGUUUGACAGGAAACCGGCUGAUACGACCCAGUCUAUGAGCACUGGUUGUAGACCGUUUGGUUCGGCCCCGAAUGCUAGUGCUACUCAAAACAAUUACAGCAUCCGUGGGCAAAGAUCAUCAGUAUAUGGCAUAAAUCCUCAUAAGAGUGUCUGGUAUUAUUCUCGUACCCUGACAGUUAGAGGUUUUAACAUCUAA